AUGCCGCCUCAGCAAGGUUACAUCUCGCGUCAGUUCGAAGCUCUCGAAGAUGGCGCCAAAACCCCCAUGGCCAUCUGUCGCCACUGCAACGAUAAGAAGGUGGCAAGAAACAUAGUCGCCCGUAAAGUCGCUCAUCUCGCCGCCUGUGAAUCCUACUACACCUAUCUCCAAGCCCUACUCGAUGAUGACUCUUCCAACGCUGGCGAGAAGGAGCUGAGACAGAUUCCAGACGAGCUCAAGACAAAGAUUGAGCAGCGUACUGAGCAGCCUCUGAUCACAAAGACGAGCCAUGCUGCUGCUGAGGUCGCCAACCAAGAAGUUCGCAAGACCGACCUUGAUGAAACUCUCAUGCAGGCUAUUUUCCAUGGCAGCUUGCCCUUUGACGCUUUCGAGCACAACAAACAUCCACACAUUCUGCGUCUCUGUCAAAUGAUUAUGCCGGAUUUCAUUCCCCCUUCGCGUGCCCGUGUUGCCCAGACCAUGGCUGACAUGUCCGUUCGACCUGUCAUGCCGACUCCGCACACCCAGACUACUGAGCAGUUCUUCACACCCCGUACAGAUCCUGCUGAAAGACUCUACGCUCAGGAGGAGUCCGCUCGCGCUGCACUCUCGUCUCGCAUCGUCAAUGACUUGCUCUCUCGCGCGACUCCACAAUCUACCCCUGGCUCAAAGCGUCCCUUCGAUCUCGUCUGA